AAAAAAUCCUUAAAGAAAAAGGGAGAAUGCCUCUUUCGUUCCAUACACGCAAGAAAAUAACGAAACCGUCUUUGUAUUUAUGAAACUAAUCUCCUUUUUGUGUUUACUAACUGGUAAAUUAAGAUUUCAACAGAUCUGAUAAAGAUAUCACCAACGUUCAGUUUCAAUCUAUCCUCUGCAAAAUACGUUACAUUUGAGCAAGAUGUCUUCGAUUUCUCGCGGCAUUUUCUGCAAUUUUAAUCAAUCGUCUCUGAAUUGCAAGCAAGAAAUAUUUCUGCAACAAAAGCUCUACAGCGGUAGGAGAAGUAAAGAUUCGAAAAAACAACUGCUCCAAGUGAAGAAGAUAUUUGCUUUGGAAAAUAAUAAAGAUUUUUCUCAGCUCCAACCAACGGUUGAGCCGAUUGAACGGGCAGGAGAAAACACAAGUACGUUUGGUAACAAUACAGUGUUUACAUGUUCACAGAAAGAGAUUGGAAAUCAACCACCAAAAGAAUCAAAUCGAAAUAAAGAGUUGUUGCAGAAGUUGAAGAGAUAUGGAGCGGCAGGUGUGUUAUCAUAUGGAUUGUUGAACACAGUUUACUACCUUGUAGCUUUUCUAGUUGUCUGGUUCUAUAUUGCUCCUGCACCUGGAGGUAUGGGCUAUUUUCCUGCUGCACAAAGGUUCUUGAAAAUUUUGGCAAUGGUUUGGGCUGGAAGCCAGGUUACAAAAAUUUUGAGAGCUGGCGGAGCUCUAGCAGUUGCUCCUUUUGUUGAUCAGGGUUUAUCAUGGUUCACCACAAAGUUUAGAUUCAAAUCUAGACGAUGGGCUUUUGGAGCUAUUGUUGUUAUCUGCGUUGGAUUGGUGCUAUCGUUGUUUACUACUGUGACAUUGUUAUGGGCAUAAAUAUCUUCUCUCUUUGGCACAAGGUGAUCCUUGUAAAUUUGUAAUAAUGGUCUAUUCUGAUUAGUUCUGUCAUCAUUGAUUUUAGGUGCGGUUAAAGUAAUUCAAUGUGCAGGUGAAUCUUUUAAACAUUUGCUGAUUCAUGAAGGAAAGUUUGUCAAAUUAUGCAUACCUUGUAUAGAUAGAGUGAAGAUUAAAUAUGGUUAGUCUUCAUGAUCUCUAAUUCUUAUUCCUGAUAUUGGUCCUGGAAGAUGUUUUGUCCUUUCUUUUCUUGAUCUGAAUUCAUUUAGGACUACAAGUAACAAUACCUGGUGAGGAACCAGCAAUAUUGUGAAAAUGUAAAACUAAACAAUAUGGCAAACUCGUCAAGAGAUGUAUGCCUCCAAAAAGUUAUCUUUAUUCAUUUUUAAAUUUUUUUAUACA